GCGGCUCUGUAGCCGCGGGGCCGGGGCCCGGCGAUGGCGGCGCUGCGGCUGCGGCUGGCCCUGUCCGCGCUGUGGCAGCUGGCGGCGGCCGGGCGCGGGCUGGAGCUGGCGGGGCUGGAGGGGCCGCGGGGGCGGGCGGCGCGCUGCCAGCCCGUCGACAUCCCCAUGUGCCGGGGCAUCGGGUACAACCUGACCCGCAUGCCCAACCUGCUGGGCCACGAGAGCCAGCGCGAGGCCGCCCUGAAGCUGCACGAGUUCGCGCCGCUGGUGGAGUACGGCUGCCACGUCCACCUGCGCUUCUUCCUCUGCUCCCUCUACGCGCCCAUGUGCACCGACCAGGUGAGCGCCAGCAUCCCCGCCUGCCGCCCCAUGUGCGAGCAGGCGCGCCACAAGUGCGUCCCCAUCAUGGAGCAGUUCAAUUUCGGCUGGCCCGAGUCGCUCGACUGCGGCAAGCUGCCCACCAAGAACGAUCCCAACGCCCUCUGCAUGGAGGCCCCCGAGAACGCCUCGGCCGCUGAGCCCCACAAGGGCCAGGGCAUGCUGCCAGUGGCCCCCCGGCCCUGGCCGCCUGGCACUGCUGAGGGCCGGGGACCCAACGGCCUGGAGGCUUGCGACAAUCCUGAGAAGUUCCAGUACGUGGAGAAGAGCCUCUCCUGCGCGCCCCGGUGCUCUCCCGGGGUGGACGUCUACUGGUCCCGGGAGGACAAGGACUUCGCCUUCAUCUGGAUGGCCGUCUGGUCCACCCUCUGCUUCGUCUCCACCGCCUUCACCGUCCUCACCUUCCUGCUUGACCCCCACCGUUUCCAGUACCCCGAGCGGCCCAUCAUCUUCCUCUCCAUGUGCUACAACGUCUACUCCAUGGCCUUCAUCAUCCGCUCGGUGGCGGGAGCCGAGAACAUUGCCUGUGACCGGGAGAAUGGCGAGCUCUACAUCAUCCAGGAGGGGCUGGAGAGCACAGGCUGCACCAUCGUUUUCCUCAUCCUCUACUACUUCGGCAUGGCCAGCUCACUCUGGUGGGUCGUCCUCACCCUCACCUGGUUCCUGGCAGCUGGGAAGAAGUGGGGACACGAGGCCAUUGAGGCCCACAGCAGCUACUUCCACAUGGCUGCCUGGGGCAUCCCGGCCAUGAAGACCAUCGUCAUCCUCACCAUGCGGAAGGUGGCAGGGGAUGAGCUCACGGGGCUGUGCUACGUGGGGAGCAUGGAUGUCAGCGCCCUGACCGGCUUCGUCCUCAUCCCCCUCUCCUGCUACCUGGUCAUCGGCACCUCCUUCAUCCUCACGGGCUUUGUGGCCCUCUUCCACAUCCGGAAGAUAAUGAAGACGGGCGGCACCAACACGGAGAAGCUGGAGAAGCUGAUGGUGAAAAUUGGGGUCUUCUCUAUCCUCUACACCGUCCCGGCCACCUGCGUCAUCGUCUGCUACUUCUACGAGCGCCUGAAUGUGGAUUACUGGAACCUCAGGGCCCUGGAGCACGGCUGCCUGCACCUCCCCGGCCGGCGCGCCGCCAACUGCUCCUUGGAGGCCUCGGUGCCCACCGUGGCCGUCUUUAUGCUAAAGAUUUUCAUGUCACUGGUGGUGGGCAUCACCAGUGGGGUGUGGGUGUGGAGCUCCAAGACGCUGCAGACCUGGCAGAGCCUGUGCAACAGAAAGCUGGGCAUGAGGACGAGGGGCAAGCCCUGCAGCGGGGUGAGCUGUGGCGGGGUGCACUGCCACUACAAAGCCCCCACAGUCAUGCUGCACAUGACCAAGACAGACCCGUAUCUGGACAACCCGACACACGUCUAGAGUGGGGGCUGCCCCCAUCCCUGGGGACGGCCUGCCGGGGGAAGCCAGCCUCACGGCUGCGAGGAAUGGAAAAAACAAUAAACCCUGGAUGUGUUAUUUCAACUGAGCCUGGUGCUGUUUGGAGGAAUUGGAGGGGGUCAAGA